AUGCCUUCCUCCUUUACGCCUCUCGCGCAAAUCACCCCCUCCCUCUACCUAAGCGACCACGCCGCCGCCUCGUCCCUCCCCGCACUCGAAGCAGCGGGCAUCACGCACAUCGUCAACGUAGCCGCAGGCUGUCCUAAUGCGCACCCGGAUCGGAUUCGGUACCUGACCAUUGGGUGCCGGGAUCGGGGGUACGAGGUGUUGAGUCUGUACUUUGGGGAGGUGGCUGGGUUUGUGGCCAAGGCGGAGGCGACGCGGGUGUGGGCUGCGGAUGGGGACCAGGUGGCCUCCGGAGCAGGAGAAGAGAGAAGAAAAGAAAUAAGGGACGGAAGACGACCCGGCCGAACACUCAUACACUGUCAAUUCGGAAUCUCCCGCAGCGUCACCUUCGUCCUCUCCACCCUUAUGCUCAACUAUGGUCACUCGCUCGCGUCCGCCCUCGCCCUCGUCAGGUCCGUCCGGGAAGAAGCGGAGCCUAAUCCGGGGUUCAUGCGGCAGCUUCGGGAGCUCGAUGGGAGCUCUACGGCGGAGGAUGGGGCGGAGUACCCUACGGCGGCGGAUAAGGCGGUAGCGACGCUCUGUUCGGCUUAUUCGGUCAACUAUCUCCCGGGUGGUCAGCUGGCGGAUCUCACAAGGGGCGCUGUCAAGGCUAUACGAGACGUCUCGGAGGGUAUGGGAAGGAUGGAUACUCUGAUAAGGGCCUGGCAGACGACGUGCGAAAAUUACGCGACCAGGUCAGAUAGGGACGAGCGCGCGCGUCGGGCUUUUGGACGGAUGUGGAGGGAGGCGAUAGAGGGGGAGGUGGUUAGUAAAGAAGAGACGGGAAGGGCGCUGGUGGAGAUGAAGGAGGGAGAGGGGUGGGAGGAUGUGAAGGUCGAUGUGCCGUUGGCGGAGGGGUUUUUGGGGGUUUUGUGGGGAGAUUUGGGAUUGGAUGAGGAUUAG